CGAAGAGCUCUUCUCCCCAUCACGAGUUUCUUCUUUCACUCUCAGCUCCUAUUUUCUGAAUCCACCUUCAAAUACCUGCCCAUGCACCCCAUAAGCUAGCUCUUCACAAUAACUAUGGAAUCCCACGCCAUAUUUCUCUUCUCCAUUCUUUUACUCUCCGGCUUUGUCCCCUGUGGCCAUGCCCAAGAACGGCAAACCUACAUUGUCCAGCUUCACCCCGACGGGCUAUCGAGAUCGGCGUUCGCCUCCCGGGUGGACUGGCACCUCUCUCUUCUCGACGGGGUCAUUUCUCUAGAAGAUGAUGCUCCGCCGCCUCUCCUGUAUUCCUACGCUUUGGCGAUGGAAGGUUUCUCUGCUCGGCUCUCAGGAGCCGAGCUCGAGAAACUUAAGAGUUCUUCACCUGACGUCGUGUCGGUGAGGCCUGACGCAAGGGUCGAACUCCAGACUACGUAUUCCUACAAGUUCUUGGGGUUGAGUGUCGGUGGAGGUGCCUGGUUGAAGUCCGAGUUCGGUCGUGGGACGAUAGUCGGGUUGCUCGACACCGGUGUUUGGCCGGAGAGCCCGAGUUUCUGUGACGGGGGAAUGCCCCCGGUCCCUCGGAAAUGGAAGGGGAUAUGCCAAGAAGGGCAAGGUUUCAAUGCAUCAAAUUGUAAUAAGAAACUUAUAGGAGCUAGGUUCUUUGAGAAAGGCCAUAGUGUGGCUUCGGAGACGUAUUCGUCACGUACAGUGGACGAAUACGUCUCUGCACGCGACUCUCACGGGCACGGAACGCACACGGCGUCUAUUGCCGGAGGGGCUCCGGUACCCAUGGCGAGCGUCUUCGAAAACGGGCUCGGAGAGGCCCGUGGGAUUGCCCCACGGGCCCACAUUGCAAUAUACAAAGUUUGUUGGUUCGGCGGAUGCUACAGCUCAGAUAUUCUCGCAGCAAUGGACGCCGCGAUAAGUGAUGGAGUAGACGUCCUCUCCCUCUCUCUAGGCGGCUUCCCGGUUCCCAUGUACGAAGAUGUCAUCGCCAUCGGAAGUUUCCGUGCCGUAGAGCACGGAAUUACGGUGGUGGCCGCGGCGGGGAAUUCUGGGCCACACCAGAGCUCGGUCUCUAACGUGGCUCCCUGGAUCACCACCGUCGGUGCCAGCACGAUGGAUCGGAGAUUCCCGGCAAUCGUCCAACUCGGGAACGGGAAGCUCCUGUACGGAGAGUCCGUGUUCCCGGGAAAGGAGAUUACGGGAUCUAGAAAAAGAUUCGAUCUUGUUUACGCAACGGGGGAGAAGACGGGGAGCUUGUUCUGCGCGAAAGGGUCUCUGGGGAAUGUGCAGGGGAAGAUGGUGGUAUGCGACAGAGGGAUCAAUGGGAGGGCGGAAAAGGGGGAGGUAGUUAAAGAAUCCGGCGGCGCGGCAAUGAUCUUAGCCAAUACGGCGGCGAGCAUGGAGGAAGAUUCCGUCGACGCACAUGUACUCCCGGCCACAUUGAUCGGCUUCAAAGAAUCCACCGCCCUGAAAACCUACAUCAACUCCACCGGAAAACCAACGGCGAGGAUCUUGUUCGGCGGAACGACGAUCGGGAAAUCAAGAGCGCCGGCGGUGGCCCAGUUCUCAUCCCGCGGGCCCAGCCUCGCCGACCCGUCAAUCCUCAAGCCCGAUGUAAUCGCCCCCGGGGUGAACAUCAUAGCGGCGUGGCCUCAGAACCUGGGGUCCAGCUCCCUCCCAGAAGAUUCUAGAAGGACGAACUUCUCCGUCAUGUCCGGCACAUCAAUGUCGUGUCCCCACGUCAGCGGGCUGGCGGCGCUCCUACGCGCAGCCCACCGGAACUGGUCCCCUGCCGCAAUAAAAUCAGCACUGAUCACAACCGCCGACUCAAUCGACCACCGGGGAAAACCAAUCACCGACGGGGAAGAAAAUCCGGCCUCCCCAGCCGGAGUUUUCGCCGCCGGGGCAGGACACGUGAACCCGGAAAGAGCAAUUGAACCGGGUCUCAUCUACGACAUCAAAACAGAAGACUACAUAACCCAUCUCUGCUCGACCCGGUUCACGGCGCCACAAAUCUUCGCCAUUACACAGAGAAACAUCACCUGUGGACACAAAAACAGGGCCAUCUCCGGCCUCAACUAUCCUUCAAUUUCCAUAGCAUUUGGGGCGGGAAAGAGGAGGAAGAUUGUUGUCACCCGGCGGGUGACGAAUGUGGGGCCUGGGAAAUCGGUUUAUUCGGUUAGAGUGGUGGCGCCGGACGGGGUUAGAGCGAGGGUGAAGCCGAGCCGGCUGGUUUUCCGGCAUGAAAAUGAGAGUGUGAGAUACAGAGUGUGGUUUGAGUGGAGCGGGGAAGGAGGAGGAAGGGGGAGGUUUGGGGAGGGGGAGUUGACGUGGGUGAACACCGGAAGUGGAGCCCACAAAGUCCGGAGUCCUAUUUCCGUUACAUGGUUGUGAAAUAAAUGGAGUAGCAAAGGUGUAAUAAAGCACUAAAUUAAAUGAUACUCCAAGAAAGAUGUUUUCAUGUUUAUUUUUCAUGUUUUUUAACAUAGUUGAAGAAAAGAUAGGAAAUUACGAAAUGGGUGGAGAAACUCAAAUAAUGUGGGUGAGGCUAGUGAAUGGAGUGAUAGUUGCCCUAUUUUAAAUAGAGUAUAGAAAAAAAUAAUGAGAAAUGUUUUUUUGAACAAAAAAAGAUAAUUGAAAAGACUCUUAAGAAAAGGAGAGAGUUAUU